UCAGUUAGUAGAAGCUAAAUUUGUGAAAUAGUUUUAAACUAAUCAGCUACAAGUAUGAUUUAGUGUUCAACGUUAUAAAAAAGUGCAGUAAUAUGACAUUAAAUGUUUGUAAUGUUUACAAACACGUCGGACUUCUAGUACUACUUUUAUGUGUAGUCGUACUCCAACAAGAAAUAGUGGAGGAGAAUAUUUGUCAGUCAAUAAAAUACGAGAACCCUGAUAUAGUGCCAUCUGUAGUGAAAGAAAUAAACGAUUUAUUAACCAGCGAUUUUUUGGAAAAUGAUGACUGGGUAAUAAAAAAAUCAAGCAACUUGUCAACCAGGCCCGAUUUUGAAGACAAUUUUAAAGAUUUCGAUAUCAAGAAAGGGAAGGAAUUAUUUGUGAACUUCGUGAAGUCUUACAGUUUUUCGGUAAAAGGAACAACAGAUAUUGAAUUUUAUGUACCCUCAGAAUCAAGCCCAUUUUAUUUCGAACAUAAAAUAAACGAUGCAGAAGUUUGGACUACUUUUACUCUUGGUAUAAAGGAUGAAAUGUUGUGCAUUUAUGAAAAUUAUACAAAAUUAAUAGAACGGAUCACUCUGAUUCCAACAACGUUAAUGAUAGAAACUCCGACAGAAGCAAACUUUAAAAUCUACGAAUAUGAGUAUAAAGAAGCUAUUAGCGUCACUAAGGAACAGCCAUAUAUAAACAAAUUGAAAAUUCCCGAUUCCGAAGAGGGUUAUUUAAUUUUCUCUGUAUCUUUGUGUGACUCUUGCAUUCUGAUUGCAAGAUAUAAUAAUAAAAACUGUUUUAUGUAUUCAACUAAUAAGAACAAUAAUGAACGAUGGGAAAGAUAUAAAAUGAAAGUGAAUCCUAAGAUUCACAACGAAGUAAUUCUGAGUCGAUUGCAGCGUUACCCAUACAACGAGGGAUACUGGAAAUUGCACUUAGGACUAACAAGUCAUUCAGUUAAUUCCGCUACCAGGGCCUACACACCGUUAACAAAAAUGAUAAUAAUAAUAAUUCUAGCAAUAAUAAUUCCAGGCAAAAACCUUCCUGAGGAGGCCGACAGCCUACUCUAAAGCAGUGGUGGUUUGUGACCUUUUGAAAUGGGGACACAAUUUGAUUGAUGAUUUAAAUAUGAAGAUAUAAAUCCAAAAUACAUACAAUAAAUGUAAAAAAGUACUUGUCCACAUACCUUUGGUUUUAAAUUAUUACUGAGGAGACACACAAAACAAAACAAUUUAUUAUUUUUUUCACAACCGCACAUCCAUGAAAAUUUACCAUGCUUUAUUAAAAUAUCUAUGAAA